AUGAUCAUGAUAUGAGGUCUUUUAGCUGGCUAUCAAUAGGAAGCAGAUAUAACUUUUACAGACUGACCUACUAAGGAUGGAAAAGGACAGAAAACAGAUGACUGAGACAAUAUUAAACCUCACCCUAGAGAUCAUCUACCUGCUGACUGGAGAGGAUUAUGUAACACUGAAGAAGAUAACUAAGGAGGGUGAAGGAUGCAGUAGGAACCGGGAUCCUAUCAUGGUGCCUCCGCCUCAUUCACCGAUACAUGAGAGAAACAACUAUCAGGAGAUCCUGGACCUCACCAACAAGAUCACUGAGCUGCUGACUGGAGAGAUUCCAAUAAGGUGUCAGGAUGUCACCGUUUAUUUUUCCAUGGAGGAGUGGGAGUAUUUAGAAGGACACAAGGAUCAGUAUGAGCACAUUAUUAUGGAGAAUCACCAGACUCUCAUAUCACCAGCAGAUGACUACAUCAAAGACUUUGAAGGAAAUCUUCAUUUGUCUCCAGAAUCAGAAAUAAAAUAUAAUAUCACAGAAGACAAUAAGGUAGAACAUUCCUUAACACCUCUUUCUACAAAUAUACCCUCAGGCCUUCACACCAGAGAUCGUUUUAUGGAUCGAAGUAAUCACAAGGAACCUUCUUCUGGACAAUCACAGAUUCGUAACCAAACUGCAGGAGUGAGCGAGUGUAAAAUAUUUCCAUGUUCUGAAUGUUGGAAAUGUUUUAAAAGAAAAUCUACCCUUUCUAUGCAUGAAAGAAUUCAUAGAGAUGAGAGGCCAUUUUCAUGUCCUGAAUGUGGGAAAAGUUUUCGCCAAAAGUCCUAUCUCACUGUACAUCAAAGAACUCACACGGGGGUGAAUCCGUAUUUAUGUGUUGAAUGUGGGAAAUGUUUUACAAGGAAAUUGCAACUUAUUGAACAUCAGAAAACUCACACAGGGGAGAAGUCAUAUUUAUGUUCAGAAUGUGGAAAAUGUUUUACUCAGAAAACAUUUCUUUUUGAACAUCAGAGAACUUGCUUAGAGUUUUCAGAUUUCUUCACAAAGAACCCAAGUGUUAUUGAACAUUUGCAAACUCACACAGGAGAGGAGAUAUAUUUAUGCCCAGACUGUGGAAAAUGUUUUAGUCAGAGUAGCGAUCUUGUUAAAGAUCAGGUAAUACACACAAGGGAGAAGCCAUUUUCAUGUUCAGAAUGUGAGAAAAGGUUUAUCAAGAAGUCCAUUCUUGAUAAACAUCAAAAAUCUCACAUAAGGGAGAAACCAUUUUCAUGUUCAGAAUGUAAUAAAAAUUUUAGGCAGAAGUCUGAUCUUGUUAAACAUCAGAGAAUUCACACAGGGGACAAGCCAUAUCCAUGUUCAGAUUGUGGGAAAUGUUUUAUUCAGAAGUCUGAUCUUGUUAAUCAUCGGUUAAUCCAUACAGGGGAGAAACCAUAUUCAUGUUCAGAAUGUGAGAAAAGGUUUACUAAGAAGUCCAUUCUUCAUAAACAUCAGCGAUCUCACACAAGGGAGAAACCAUUUUCCUGUUCAGAGUGCGGAAAACGUUUUAGUUACAAGUCGGAUGUAGCUAGUCAUCACUUAAUCCAUACAGGGGAGAAACCAUUUUUAUGUUCAGAAUGUGGAAAACGUUUUACGAGGAAAUCAAAUCUUAUUGAGCAUCUGAAAACUCACACAGGGGAGAAGCCAUUUUCAUGUUCAGAAUGUAAUAAAAAAUUUAGGCAGACGUCUGAUCUUGUUAAACACCAGAGAAUUCACACAGGGGAAAAGCCAUUUCCAUGUUCAGAAUGUGGGAAAUGUUUUAUCCAGAAAUCUGAUCUUGUUAAUCAUCAGUUAAUCCACACAGGGGAGAAGCCAUUUUCAUGUUUAGAAUGUGGGAAAUGUUAUAACCAUAGAUCAGCUCUUUCUCAGCAUAAAAAGCGAAGCCAUUUUAAUGUUGAGUCUGUUUUACCUCAGAUGUAAUGUGAAAUAAAUUAGAUUUUUUUUUUUUUACUUUUUUUAAAUUCUUUUUUAAUGUUCAAACAUGAAAUGUUUUUAAUUCACUGCAAUAUUGGACACAAAAAAAAACAGAAAAACAUUCUAUUAAAAAUAAAGGGAGAGAUUACAAAAAAAUAAAGAUUGAAAAACCUGAUCAUUCAGACACCUGUGUGAAACAUACCCGUUUGUUCCCUAUAUUACAUUACGAGACCAACAAGGAAAAUUAUGUUUAUUCUGAUUCCCCAGACACAAUGUCUGCUAGAUAACACAGGUGCCUCAAAGAAAAAUUGUGAUGGAUGAUUAACACUAGUACAAAAUCCUACACACAGGAGAUAGGCUUAACCAUCACUGCUGUCAUAAAAAUACUGGAAUACAGGGAAGGUCCCAUAAC